AUAUUCGGAAUUGAUAUGGCGCACCAGUCGCAGCCAAUCCAUCCAGUCGUCAGCAUGAGAGGCUUACCCCGAAUUUUAAUACUCCUUGUGUCGGCAAAGAUAUGCUUUGCAGCGCCUGCAACACGUGUGGAAACCGAUCCCGAGCUAACUGCGGGCUAUACAGAAGGUGACAUGAUUCUGGGGAACCAGGAGAGGAAUGGUCUGAUCAAUGAAACUUAUCGCUGGCCCAAUCGAGUUGUCUAUUACUUCAUCAAUAGCUACAUUGAUCAGGAACAUCGCAAUCACAUUAUUCGUGGCAUACGCAUCCUCGAGGCGAACUCCUGCCUCAUCUUUAAGGAAGCCACAAGCGAUCAGGCGUACUAUGUGAAUGUCACCUCGGAAGCCGGCGGCUGCUACUCAUAUGUGGGCCACAGAAACGCUGUCCAACAGCUUAAUCUGCAGACCUAUCCACUGGACGAGGGCUGCUUCCGGCUGGGCACGAUUGUGCAUGAGUUCCUGCACGCCUUGGGGUUCUACCAUCAGCAGAGCACCUGGAACCGCGAUGACUACGUUCGGAUUGCCGAGGAGAAUAUCACGGAGGGCAUGGAGCACAACUUCAACAAGUACGACAAUGAGACGGUGGACAAUUACGGCGAGGACUACGACUAUGGCAGCGUAAUGCACUACACGCCCUAUGCAUUCUCCAAGAAUGGAGAAAUGACCAUUGUGCCUUUGGUGGAGGGCGCGGAGGAGAUAAUGGGGCAGCGACUGCAAAUGAGUGAAGCGGACAUCAAUAAGUUAAAUACUAUGUACAAGUGUCCUAGGAAUGUUUGAAAUAUAUCCCAAUAACAUACGCUGAA